UGUUGGUUUUCGUUUGACAGCAAGUGAAGUUCUUGGGAGUCUCCUAUGCUGCGGCUGUUUCGGCCUUCAGACAGUUUAUUUUCGGCUUCAUUCCGACCGGUCUCAUUGGAUUUUAAUCUAAGGAUGGAAUAAGAAGUCAUUAUGGUGGUGAAUUCGGUGCACUGGUUUCGCAAAGGGCUGCGGUUGCAUGAUAAUCCGGCGUUGCAGGAGGCCCUGAAUGGAGCGGACACAGUGCGCUGUGUUUAUAUCCUAGACCCGUGGUUCGCUGGAGCCGCCAACGUGGGAAUCAACCGAUGGAGGUUUCUGCUGGAGGCUCUGGAGGAUCUGGACAACAGUCUGAGGAAACUCAACUCCAGAUUGUUUGUAGUCAGAGGACAACCUACCGAUGUUUUCCCAAGACUCUUAAAGGAAUGGAAAGUGACCAGGUUGACGUUUGAAUAUGACCCAGAGCCUUAUGGGAAAGAAAGGGAUGGCGCCAUCAUCAAGAUGGCUCAAGAGUUUGGAGUGGAGACCAUUGUCAGAAACUCGCACACCCUCUACAACCUGGACAGGAUAAUAGAGAUGAACAACAACAGUCCUCCUCUGACCUUUAAGCGGUUUCAGACCAUUGUGAGCAGACUGGAGUUACCCAGGAGACCUCUGCCUCCCAUCAACCAGCAGCAGAUGGACAAAUGCCCCACUAAGAUCUCUGACAACCAUGACCAGCUUUACAGUAUACCUUCACUGGAAGAACUGGGUUUCAGGACGGAGGGUUUGUCUCCAGCGAUCUGGCGUGGAGGCGAGUCAGAGGCCUUAGACAGACUUAACAAACAUCUGGACAAAAAGGUAUGGGUGGCCAAUUUUGAGCACCCUCGGCCAAACAUGUGCUCUCUCUAUGCCAGCCCUACUGGCCUCAGCCCCUACCUGCGCUUUGGCUGUUUGUCCUGCAGGGUUUUGUACUACAACCUCAGAGAGCUCUAUAUGAAGCUGCGGAAGCGUUGCAGUCCUCCUCUGUCGCUGUUUGGCCAGUUAUUAUGGAGGGAGUUCUUCUACACGGCUGCCACAAACAACCCCAACUUUGACCGCAUGGACGGAAACCCCAUCUGUGUGCAGAUUCCAUGGGACCAGAACCCAGAGGCACUGGCCAAGUGGGCUGAGGGUCGCACUGGUUUCCCUUGGAUUGACGCUAUCAUGACCCAGCUGAGACAGGAGGGCUGGAUCCACCACCUGGCCCGACACGCUGUGGCCUGUUUUCUCACCAGGGGAGACCUGUGGCUCAGCUGGGAGAGCGGCAUGAAGGUGUUUGAGGAGCUGCUGCUUGAUGCAGACUGGAGUGUAAAUGCUGGCAGCUGGAUGUGGCUGUCCUGCAGUGCCUUCUUCCAGCAGUUCUUCCACUGCUAUUGUCCUGUGGGCUUUGGAAGGAGAACAGACCCGUCAGGAGACUACAUCAGGCAUUACAUCCCUAUUUUGAAGGACUACCCAAACCGGUACAUCUAUGAGCCGUGGAACGCCCCAGAGUCAGUGCAGAAGGCAGCAAACUGUGUGGUUGGGGUGGAUUACCCAAAACCUAUUAUCAACCACGCAGAGGUCAGCAGGCUCAACAUCGAGAGAAUGAAACAAGUUUACCAGCAACUUUCCCAUUACCGAGGACUCAGUCUACUAGCAUCAGUACCUACAAUCCAAGAGGAGGCAGAGCCACCAAUGACGGAUGAGUCUCAGACGAGUAGUGGCCCUGACUCUCCUCCCAGAGGUCCCGCUGACAGUGAAGCAGCCGGCUGCUCUACAGCUCCGGAUUCCUCCACAGUCUGUGCCUCCUCCUCCUACACCCCUAUGCAUGAGGACACAGCGGACUUCAAGAACCAGACUCCCUGCACCUCCUCCAACACAAAUCCUUCAGCAGCCAUAACAUCCACAUCAACAUUUAUGUCUACCAGCCUUCCUCCUUCCACCGCAACUCCUCCCUCCCCAGCUCAGAGUCCUCUGUCCAGGUCUAAACCCUCCACCCCUUCCUCCUCAUGUCCCUCCCUACCCCCAUCCCCCAGCCCAGCCACAACCCCAAAUCAGACCCCCUCUUCUCUGGGGCCGAAGAGAAAAGGCCCGGGCCGAAAAGUCCGGCGCAGCCAGAGGCAACGUGGGAGACAGAGCUGCACAGCAGCAGCUGUCAGGGAGGGAGAGAGGAGGUCAGAGGAGGAGAGGGAGGAAGCAGGGGAAGAGAGGAUGGAGGAGGACGUAGAGCAAGGGGAGGAGAAAAUGGAGGAGGAAACCUGUGGAGAAACAGCCAGACAUCAGCAGUGAUUUGAAGUUGGGUUCAAGAAAAUAAUCUUCAAAUAUCCAUCCCCGAACAACUGGACUCGCAAAGAGAAACAAGAACGGAUGUGUGGACAACAUGAAUAUAUAUUAGCCGCAUGCAUUCAACACAAGUGGACGCACCACAAAAUAUUUCACAUAUAUAUCCCACCAUCAGGAACAUAGAAAUACUUGGCAGACAUUUCAAUAAGAAUCACUCCUGGAAAAUAAAUUACAGAAUUACUGUAAAUGAUUUAAAACUUAUUCCAACAUGAAGAAUUUGAGAUGGCCAUUCUCUUGAGAAGCAUUCACAAUGGGCAGUUUUCUCUUGUACAUUUUCAUACUGCAGUUCUUACACGUCAUAUUAGCCAUCAGCAGAAGCACCUCUUCCUCAUCCUCCUGAAUGUCCUUCUGCUGUAACAAACAGUGCAGGAGUCUAAGUGUCACCUGUCCAACCACCCGUCCUGACUCGACACAACUCUCUCAUCAGGCUCAGCUGAUUUAUGUACAAAAGUAACUCAAGGUUGUUUUGUAAAGCUGCAUAUUUUGACAUUUUUGCAGUAUUGAUUUUACACAAAUGUGGUUCAUGAGAUUUGGUUUGCUGGUUUAUAAGUUGUGGAUUAUAUCAGGACCCCGGAGAGAUGGUCUGAAUCUGCAUCUUAGACCCUGUUUACAUCUUGUAUUAACACUCAUGCUGGACAUUAUGAUGCCAGGAAGUAACCCUCAAUGCAAGGUGUGGACACACCUCAGUGAGUACUAACAACAGUUGAAUGUCUGAUUGCUCAGGCUGCAUAUGGAGGUGGUUUGGGAUCUCUCCAUCCAGAUUGGUUUGGUAGUGUAGAUGCUCAUGUGUACCGGCAUUUAAGACCACCCUGUCAAUUGAUGUGAUCGGUUAUCCGUUUCUUUCUACCAGCACCCUAACCAGUGUAUUUUAGUUUCCUUUAAGUUACAUGUUUUUGACAAGAUGAGGAAGAAAAGCUGUUGAAAGAGGCACUUGUACUCUCAGCGCAUUGCUAGGUAUCCCAGUAUGCAGAGUGCAUUAAAGCCACUGGUAGUACAAAUAAGUGGCGGUAAGCUAAGAGGCUAGCACUGUCUCAGCUUUGUCCCUCAUUUUGUUAUAAACAUUGAUCCAAAAAUAACAGGAAAAUCUUGUGUAGUAAAUAGACAUUGUUUGGUGCUUUUUAGAUUAAAAUGACUCCUCAGUUCAAGACAGGUGACCAGUGAAGCUAGAUGUAAGCAAAUAAGCACACCAGAUAGACUGUAUCACAUAUGACUCUCAUCCAUCUGGGCGACUGCCCUUAGUCUGAGUUUGGGAAGGCCAAAAUCUUUGAAGAUGAUUAGGCAAAUGUCCUGUCUUUUAAAUUCUUUACAGAGCAAUCAGAGCGAUGAAACAUAUGACAGUAUUUAUACGCAGCUCUAGAGUGAACUUGAUAAGGUAGCUGCUAUUGUUGUCUACUGUUACUAAAGCAAGUUGAUGAAAUAGACUCAAGCCAAAGCUGGUCAAGAGUAGAGCAAAAACAUCUUUUCCACCUGGAAAAGCUUUGGUGGUCCAGGUAUGAUAAACACUGUAGCUGUACUAUAGCUACAUCAAAGCCAAUUGCUAUGCUGGUCAGAAUUGUUCACAGGCUUGCAGAACGAGGAAACCCUGCCUGUAACUAUUGCUGCAUUCUCCUCGAAUGUGUUGAUUGAUCCACAGACCAAGCUUAAUCAUUUCAGCUUUGCGAGAUAGAUCUGCUUCAUGACAGACAUGGAAUCUGGCCAAUCAGUUAGCUUUGUAAGGUUAACAGUAAGCCUUGGAGCCAUGGAAUUGCAAAGUCCUAAUGCACUGAAAUGCAUUUUACUUGGUAUCUGAUUCCCCUGUACAGAUGUUAAUGCAAAAUGCAAACAGGGUCAUAGAGAGGCCAAAAACUGUUCAUUGUGUUAAAGGACAACAGCAACACUUCUGCAGUUUCAGACAGAGUAACUGACUUCACUUUUCUGUUCAAUGUACAGUUGGGUACAUUUCUGGCGGACAUUUAUUUCUACUCUGAUUGGAAAACUGUGAUGAUGUGUUAAAGAAAAAAAAGCCAAAUUAUGGCGCAAGGGAUAAAGCGGGUAUUUCUGUUCAUGUGGCACAGAUGAUAUGGAACCACAUAAAAAAAAUGCAAAAACACUAAAAAAUAUGAUUUAAACUCUACAUUUUAAUAUGUAAAUGAAUGUUUUGGAAAUAACUGAUAUUUUUGCUAGCAGAAAUGAAGAUGUUACUUAGUGAAAGGACAAAUAACAUUUUUAUAUUCUGCCAUCCUGAGUCCUGAAUCCCCUGUUUGUUUUUGGAGCGUCACUAUGAGAGUAUAGCAAAUUGCUAUAAUAGACAAUGUAAAUUAUUAAAGGCUAAGGCGAGACCUUCUAUAUGAACAGCUUUAACAAGAAUACAAAACACAAAGGUGUUUACAUUUGCCACACUUUUCACCGGCAAGCGGAAACACUGCUUGUGUGAAAUGAAUGUAGAGAAAAAAACUAGUGUGUUGUUCUCCCCAUAUAUUUAUCAGUUUGUAUAUAAAAUAUGUUUAAACUGUCUGUUUUACUAACAGUCUGAUAAAGGGGGUUUCACAAAGGCUCAUGUUGUUUCUGCCUGCAUAUUUUGUACCAGAAGCAUCCACUAGAGGGUGGUACAUACUACAAAUUCAGCACAUGGUCAAUGAAUGUUAAAUAUAGUAAAAUCUAAAGUUGCUGGUCUUUUUCAUUGACUUAUAAUUAAAGAAAUCACAAAAUAUGAAUUAAUGCAUCUCAUUGUCUUCUAAAUAUACAUUCUGUUUCUCUCCUUUGUUUACAUUAGCAAAUAAUGUUGAUUUUAAUAAAUUCUAGUAGUCUUAAUGUUUUUACUCAGAAAUGAAUCAACACUCCUGUAAGAUUAAAAACAUGGAUGAUGAGAUCAACAACGUGAGGUGACUGAAACAACCAUGCAUUAUUUUACUUUUAAAGGACUUUUUAAUUGGUCAGAGGUUUUUUUAAGUGACAAUCAGUGUGGUUGUCUCAUCCUCACAUUUUUAUAAUUUUGUCUUGAAUCCUGUGCAGAAGUAUCAAGCCAUAAAGUAGCAGUAGGACUUUGUGAAACCCCCUCGAUAUUGCCUGGAUGGGUUGAAGUUUCCCUUCGGGGGGAACAGAGAAUGUAAAGAGACAAAGCUUUCAGUCCGUAUAAGUGUUGUACUAUUGGUGUUAAAGACAAGUUGGCACUGUUAGCUGUUUGAAAUCUAAAGAGCUAAAAGAUAAAUCGGACAGUUCAGCCCCUCAGGCUCUCAGUUGUUUUAACUACAAGUAAGAUAAAAGCUCACAGUUCCCACUUUUCCUGAAUGCAACGCAGGCCUUGAUCUUGUGUUUUGCUGCACAUUCCAGCUAACAACAGUACAACACUGCAGGGGCCGGAGCUCUGUCUGAGAACUGUGGGCUGAAUGGAUAUUUAUUUGUUUUGUAUUAUACAAAAAAGAAGAGUUUAUUUUCAUUAAAACUGCUGAAG